UUCUCGGUUCUGGGUUCUCAUUUUCCGGCGCAGUUGGUUGUAGACAUUUUCCCGGUACGGACGUGCGUUGUACGGCGGAAAUUCUCAAACACGUUGCGAACACGGGACUGGCAGAUAAACCAGAAAAAAAGAAUCAGCAGAGAAUCACAAUAAUUCCGUUCGGUUGUUGCGGUUUUCGGUUCGCAACUUAAUUUCAUUAGCCCGCCGGAAAGAGCGCGAGGAAAUGUCAGCCGUCGAGCAGCCGUGCAAAUAGUUACCCCAAAAUGGCCAAAUAAAGAAGCAAGAGCCAAUGAACUUGCUAAAAACUUGAACUAACCACAAGAAGGAGGAGUAGCCGGAUCCGGAACGGGAGCCAGAGGAGGAGCAGGGCCAGUGUCAGGGAAUCAUGGGCGACUUACAGGCCACCAUCGAGUUCUCCGUCGAGCUGCACAAGUUCUUCAAUGUGGAUUUGUUUCAGCGCGGGCUCUACCAGGUGCGUUGUGGCCUUCGGGUCUCGCCCCGUCUGCCCGUCCAGGUGGAGACCAGCAUACCGGAAACCAACGGACCCGGUAAAGUGAACGGACACGCCAACGGUCCUGGAUCCGCCACCGACCAUGGGAGCGACAGCAGCGACCGGGGCGAGCAGUUGUCGCCGGGGGAAGUGGCUCCACCCCUGGGCGGGUCCUCCCUGCCGGGCAGCUGCUCAUCCGCCUCGGUUAUCAACGGGAGCGGCGCCUCGCGCAUCUUUCAGAUACUCUACCGCAACGAGGAGGUUCCGCUGCGCGACAUCAUCCACUUUCGCAGCCACUUGCUGGUUGACAGUCGUCACCUAAAGGAGUCCAUUGAACGGGCCGAGUUUUCGCUGCAACUGGAGCUCUGGUUUGGGGAGCAGAACGGCGUAAGCAAUGGGAGCAAUGGAAUGGGUGGCAGUUACUCGAGCGUCGGCUCCUCAACACUGACACUGGCCUCCACGAGGAACCUGCAGCUUAACUUCCAUCCAGGACGUGGCCUUCACUAUCAUCUGCCGGUGCUGUUCGACUAUUUCCACUUGGCGGCCAUCAGUGUGGGCAUUCACGCCAGUCUCGUGGCCCUCCAUCAGCCCUAUAUCAAGAAAAGCAUGUUCUCGUACAUGAAAUUCUGUGCCCCUCGGAGUUCGAAGCCAUGGAGUGCCGGAAAGUUGAGCUGCCGGGGAAAUACAUCGCCGGGACCUUUGGAGGCGGUGUUCUUUGGACCCCAAAUAGGUGGCACUACCAAAUGCAGUGGAGGUCCUGCAGGGAGAUUGCUCCAGUCCAGAGCCAUUCACCGAGAGAUCUGCUGCCUGCUGCUGGGAGCCAUCGAACAGCUGAAAGCCACUUUAAAUGAGUUCAGUACAGUGUUACCUCCAAGCAUUAACUCGCAGAUCGGAUCGCCGCCUUUGAGGGAAAACGAUACGGCCGAGAGAUUGCAACUUCUGCUGGAUCAGGCCAAGCAACUAGAGGCCGAGGAGGACUUCGCGAUUCGAGCCAACUCCGACAUAGCCCAGCUAUGUGCGGAGAGUAUUUUCUGGUGGCGGCGCGUCCUCUUGGCCUCCAGAUCUUCGACAGCUGUGCACACGCUCCUGGCCCGAAAGCAUCACAUCCUGAGGGUGCGGCGUUUUGCGGAAGGUUUCUUUGUUCUGGAGCAGCCGCGUCAUGCCGCCGCCGCGGGCUGCCAGGAGCAGGCCAAUGGUUCACCCUCUCCAGGCCAUUGUCAGGGCUAUGUGGCCAUUGCUGAGUUGGCGCGGAGGAGUCGCUACCUUCAGUCCCUGCCACCUCUGCCCGUUCACUGCACCCCUAUCGACGGGGAUGCUUCGUCGCUGCCCUUGAUUUUCGAGGAUCGUUAUGUCACGUCCGGAAAUGGGUACAAUAGACGGAGAUCCGGCAGUGAUACGCAGCUGGAUGAGACAAUUUCGGUGGGUGGAUGCCAGAAACAGAAGGUGGACAAGACCCACUCCAGCAGCAGCUUGAAUGGGAUUAAGGACUGCCUCGCAUGUCACUUCGAUUACGAUUACCCGCAGACGAAUGGUUCCGGGCCGGCUCAUCCUCAUGCCAAGUGUGUGGUCACCCCGCGAUUCGCUCUGGGCGGGGAAGUGCUCCAAGCGAGUCUCACCAUAGCCCCCAACAAGGAGCUACCUCCUCCCGCUGUGGUUACUCCCCCCAUCUCUGCGGCACUGCGUCACAACCUGUCCAGACACUCAGUCACCGGACUACUUGAGGAUCUUGGCCUGGACACUAGCCUGCCGGCCAGGCACAGCAAGUCUCUGGACCAGUUGGAUGGCUGUGAGGGAUUGCCCUCGAGUCAGCAGCCUCCGACCAGUAAUCACACGCUGCCCCGACUCCAGGCUGAUGAUUUGAUGAGGAACAUCUGUGAAUUCCGGCAGCGUUAUGGAAAGUUUGAUUACCUGCACGAGAUUAAGCUCCUUAAUCCUCCCAAGCAGCACCAGCAACAGCCUCAGCAGCAACAACAUCAGUCGCAACAGUGCGCCAAUGGCUACAACUCCCUGCCCAAGUCGAUGGUGCCGCCGAGGAACUCGUAUCCCCCGCCGCCUCCAAGUCAGCAUACCACCAUGCCCCGGAGCAGCUCAUCGCAAAUUCCUCGAGCCGUAGAAAUAGCCAGAGUACGUGUGUCGGACAUUAAGGAGAUGCUGCGCCAGGGCCAGUUGAGAAAGGAGUCCAGCAGCUCCGAGAGCGACAUGAUGCAGAAGCUCCAGAUGCUGAGCUCCAACAGUGUGCCCUUCCGCUUGGAGGGAGCCGGGAACGGGACCAGCAACAACAACACCACUAGCAGUGAUCCCAACACAAGCGGUUUCAGUGAAUCCCUGCCCAAUCUGGCUCCUCCGCCGGAAUUCGAUUCAGACUCGCAGUUGAGGCGGCAGCGAAGUAACUCCACUUCCUCGUUGAGCGAAGAGAGUGGCUGGGUGAGCAGCCGUAGGAGCUCUUUGGCCCUCUCCAGUCCGGACACUAUCACCAGUACGGGCUUGAGCAACCGCCAGAGGCACACACAACUCAAUUUGGGCAUGGGCAUGGCCAUGGAGACGCGACUGAAUGGGGAGCAAUUGAGAUUGCGCCUCCAGAAGGUGCUCGAGCAGCAACAGCUCCAGCAGCAACAUCCACACAAGACCCGUAAGCGGCAGGCAGCUGGAUCCUCUAGUCAAAGCCGUACUCCUGCCCGGCAGCAGGUGGCACAGCCGGAGGUGCACAAGAAGAUCUCCUCGGUGACGGUGAAUGUGAAGAGGGAGCGCUCUCGCUUCCAAUUAGAUAGACUUCGUCACCUGCCCAAUGGGGAAUCCACGGAGGUGGAGGAAAUGGAGCCGCCGCCCCGUAGAAACCGACACAAGACUGCCUCGGCCGGCAGGUGCGAGAAAUCCAAGUCAGAUUUUGAUAUUACAAGCAUGAAGGAUAUGCAGCCGCUGGAUGCGGUGUGCCUGCCGCCUCCUCAACAGUUUCAGGACCAAGAACAGGAAGUGCCCAUGAUCCUGGCUCCACCACCACCGGAUGAAUUCCGGGACCCGCCACCAGAACCAGCACCUACAGCUCCUAUAGCAACUGCUCCGGUGCCAGUUGCUGUUCCUGUAUCACUACCGCCCUCCGGAAAAGCCAAAGUAAUCACCUGUCAUUUGCCACCACCGUUGAAGGAACGUCAGCCCGUGGGUGCCAUUGACAAUCCAGUAUACCACAUUUACGAGUCACUGCGUCCCAUCUCCACGCCAGCCAUAUUCAGCAACAAGCCUGUUCUAAAAUCUCACAGCUUGGCGGAAUUGAAGAGGCCCCAGAACUUGCAGAACCUUCAGAAUCUGCAGAAUCCUCAGGGUCAUCAGUGCAAGUCCCAUGCCGUAAAUGGUAAUGGUUUAGAAAACGGUUUGGAUCCGGAACCUGAUGAAAACAAGGAGAACUCCAAUGGCCAAGUGAAAAGCAACAAACAGAAUUCUGCAACUAAUACCAACUCGAAGCACAAACGAAAGGGUCAGGUAAACGGAGGCUCCCCUUCCGUCCAGGAGGCUCCGCCCAGCAUCUCGCUUUUGGAAUUUGAGAAAUACCGUGAGGAGUUCCGGAAGCAGAUUAAAUACCAGGGUAGCAUCUACUCAGAUUACGUCCAGCUGGCCUCUGAGUUGCCGUAUUUCUACAUCAGCGAUGAGUAUCGAGCCUUUUCGCCAAAUGGGAUGCAUUUGGUGAUUUGUGUCCAUGGAUUGGAUGGAAAUUCAGCGGAUCUCAGAUUGGUCAGGACCUACCUGGAACUUGGAUUGCCUGGCGUUAAUCUGGAGUUUCUCAUGUCGGAGAGGAAUCAGGGAGACACCUUCUCGGACUUUGACACCAUGACUGAUCGGCUGGUAACCGAGAUACUCUACCAUAUCGAUAGCUGCGCUCUGAAUCCAGCUCGCAUCUCAUUUGUGGCCCAUUCUCUGGGCACCAUCAUAGUCCGGAGUGCACUGGCCAGGCCUCAGAUGCGUCCGCUGCUGCCCCGGCUGCAUACCUUUCUCUCCCUGUCGGGACCACAUCUGGGCACUCUUUACAAUACCAGUGGCUUAGUGAAUAUGGGCAUGUGGUUCAUGCAAAAGUGGAAAAAGUCUGGCUCCUUGCUGCAACUUUGCAUGCGCGACACCACCGACAUGCGGAAUAGUUUCCUCUACAGACUGAGUCAAAGGAGCACCCUGCACCACUUCAAGAACAUCCUGCUCUGUGGCUCCAGCCAGGAUCGUUAUGUUCCAGCCCAUUCCGCACGAUUGGAGCUCUGUAAAGCGGCUAUGAGAGAUAGCUCUACCUUAGGCACUAUAUACAGGGAAAUGGUACAAAACGUAAUUGCUCCGAUUUUGGCCAGACCGGAACUGACUCUGGCCCGUUUUGAUGUCCAUCAUGCUCUGCCGCAUACGGCGAAUACUUUGAUUGGAAGAGCUGCCCAUAUUGCUGUCCUGGAUUCGGAAUUAUUCAUCGAAAAAUUUAUGCUGAUCGCAGGAUUAAAGUACUUCAGUUAACUAGAAAGCUGAGAGUCCUUAAGAACCAACUUGACAGUUUUAAAAGUAAAAUAGAACAGUGCAUACUUAUUAUUAUUUGAUUUAAUUCAAUAAUUUAUAUACAUUGUCUCAAAUUUAAAUAUUAAGUUAAUUUGAUUUCUUACAGAUUAUUCUAAAAAGUUCCUAAUGAAAUUACAGUUAAUUUCAAAGAAUACUUUAAACUUGAACAAUUAUUUGUUUUAUUUUUAUCCUGCAACUUUUUAAACUGGUAAUACAUUUAAAUUUUGAUACUUUCUUUCUUUAACAAAUAUGUACUGAUAUUUUUAUUAAAAGUUAAAAAUAAAAGUUAUCUAAACAGGGUAAUCAUCACAGUCAAAAUGAAACUAGAUACAUCAGAUGAGCCAACUGAUUUCAAUUGAUUUGCAAUUGGAACAAGGAAUUUAUUGAAGAAAAUCGUUAGACUUGAAUUUUUUACCAAUGCAACUCUUUUGUAGCGAAUUGAUACUCACAGAUACAAAAACCAACAUUAAAAAAAUCAAAAACAAAAGAAUUUUUAAUCAAAAAACUAUAACCAAAAAAGCGGCAUAACUGUUUAAAACGUGUUAUCGAUACUUACAUUUUUUAGCUCUAAGAUUUGAAUCACAUACAAACCAAAAAAAUAAUAAUAAUAACGAAAAACAGAAGCCAAAGACAUCAUACAUAAGUAGUGUUAAAUUCAAGUUCAAAACUAUACACGAGACUAUUUCGAAACACGUUGAAUUGAAAAAAAGGAAGUGAACGAUAACAAGAAAAUGAUCAUGUUGAGUAUACGUAACUAUCGAUAGUAGUGGAGCACGGAAAUGGCAAGGUUGCAUUUUGAUGAAAUUAGCGAAAUAGUAUUAGCAAUUUUUAAGACUAAUCAAAAAAACACACAUACGCAGAGGCGACAAAAUGGUUUUUCCAAAUCUUUUUACUGCUAGGAAUGUGAACAAAUUUAGAAGAACUAGAAAUAGAGUAGAGGUAGUGAUUGAAUUAGGCGAGUUGUUGGUAGCUGAGUGCAUUUUUGGGGGUCGUCAAUUAAGUUAAGAAAUCGGAUAGAGAGAGAUUUUUUUGGAAGGUUUAGAUUUUUCAUUGGGAUCAAGAUGAUGAUGUAGUAGAGCAGUUAGGGCAACUUUGCAAAUUCGUAGUCUAGUCUUAGCUAUGUAUAACUAUGUGUUUUCCGAGCUUUUUCAAAUUACUGUUGUAAACUACUAAUGUUUGUAACCCUACCAGAAAUUGAAUUCUAUGUAUGUGUAUAACCGUCCUAUAUGUAACGACUUUAUAAACUUUCUAUACUUGAGAUAUAGCUAAAUGUGUAACUGGUUUUAAAAAAAAGGUUUAUGUGCAUUAAAAGUUUGGAUGUGUAUUAAAAUAUUUCCCUGGGCACUACGAUUUUACUACUAAAUGUAUUCCAUCAAAAUUGUGCAAAACUCCCAUGAGUUUAAGUUUAAAUGUUUUCUUUUCAAUAAAAUAUGCUAAAAUUCAAUUUUAGUGGAGAAUUAAAGAAGA